AUGCAGGUACUCUUGGCCAUAAGAUCUCAAGGUGGUGAACAGGCUCUCAUCCAGACUCUGAACCGUGCACGUGACCUCUACAGGCAGAGAUCGCAGCCUGCUCCCAACAUUGAUGAGCUCGCUUCUUUGCUCGCACAGUGUGCUAUAGCAGAGGCUCAGUCAUCAAACCCUAAUCCACUAGCACCUGGUUCUGACCCUGUUACGGCGUUGAACUCUGAUGAGGCCUGCAUACUUGCUGAGUGUGGAAGGAAGCAGAUUAUCCUGGACGCCUUCAACGAUGGCAGCAGCUUCAUUUGCUUGAAAUGUGGUGGGCUCUUCAGCACGUCACGCAAAGAUGAGCACCUGGCCUACUGGUGCGGGGCGGCAUGA